UCUCGUAUGCUAAGCUUGGAGCUAGUUGUCACUCCAGGGAUGGGAGAGGGUGUCCACACAGGAGUUUCCAUGCAUGCUUGGAGGACAGCAAUAAAUCUCAGGGUGUCAGCAAGAAGACCGAGGGGUGGGAUUGGCUCUGCCACAGGAGGCGUCGACUCAAGUUUAAAAGAGUUCCCAGCCAGACAGUGUCACCACGAGUUGUGUGAGACUAAAAUUGGUUCUCGGGUGAAGCUGCCACACCAGACGCUGUCAGGAGGAAGUGUGGAGACCACACUGGUGACAGCAUGUCCUCCGAGCUGCAGCAGCUGAUGCAGGCAUCCAUCCCUUGUGCAAGGGGGGUCCUGAAGGACAACUACAACAACCUGCUCAAAGUGGCUGAUUACUGUGAGAGCAACUAUGGGCAGGCACAAGACAAACGGAAAGCCCUUGAGGAAACCAUGGGUUUUGCCACUCAGUCAUUAGCCAGUGUGGCCUACCAAAUCAGCAACCUGGCCAGUGACAUCCUCAAAAUGCUGGACUUGCAGGCGGCUGAAAUCCGGCAAGUGGAAGCCAAUGUCCGCUCCAUCACACAGGUGGUUGAAAUACACAAAGAGAAAGUGUCCCGCCGAGAAAUUGGGUCUCUUACCAUUUGCAAGACUUUUCCAAAUUCCAAGAAAAUCAUCUACCCCCAAAAUCUUGAGCCCUUGGAGACAUACUACAGGAAACCACUGAACUUCAGCAGUUUGGAUGAAGUUGGCCAUGGGAUAAAGGACCAAAGCUCACAGUUGGCCAGAACAGGGACUCUGACCCGACGAGGAACCAAGACAUUAGCCGGACAGUCAUCUGGGAGCCUUGGGAGAAGUCAUAGAAGCUUGGAGCCAAUACUAACACCAGUGAUCCCAGAUGGCAAACUCUCCUCAGCCUCAUCUGUGUCAUCUCUGAGCAGUGCCACAGAGUUGUUGGUUGGUGCCACCACAAACGCGCCUCCUGAGCCACCUCUCCCUCCACCUUCUAUGUUGUCACUUUUCCCUCCACCAACAAAAGGCGACAAUCUCGUCCCUUCUGUCCAAGAAGACACUUUGCCACCCCCACCUGUUGCAAAUGAUGAUAUAUUACCACUGCCAUCAGAUCUUGAUUUUCCAACAUCUCCGCCUCCACCACCUCUGGACACCACUAACUGUGAGCAGUUGACGCCUCAAUAUCUGCCACCUCCUCCUCCCCCAGAGAAAUUACCAUGGGCCCCAGAAGUAUAUGUGGAAAAAGUUGUGACUCUCUACCCUUACACUCAGCAAAAAGAGAACGAAAUCUCAUUCGAAGAAGGGAGUAUUAUCUAUGUGACGCGAAAAUAUUCGGAUGGCUGGUGUGAAGGUGUGGCCAGUGAUGCAACAGGAUUGUUCCCUGGCAACUACGUGGAGCCGUUGCACUAAAGGACGUGGAUCACAAUGCAAGGCAGUGAACACUGUGAUUUCUGAUGAACUGUGAUUGGAGCAGACUGACUGCCUUGCUCUUGCUUUGAAAUGAGACACAGAAGAAAUCCUGAGUGGACAGUGGUAUAUGUUGCUAUAACAACAUUCAUAAUUUCCCUGACUUGCAGGCUGAAUGAAAACUAGCAGGAAACCAUUUAUGACAGGAAACUUCCCAUUUUUUUGCAGUAUUAAAACUAUUAUGCUUUUUGGGAUCCUCUUCCAUGAAGCCUUUGUACUAGCUAAUAAGAUACAUUAAAGCACUGACAUAAAGCAGUUGCUGCAGAAACCAUUACUUGCUCCAUCCUGAAUUGUAAUAAACAUCAUUAAAGUGCA